AUGAUACUACUUCAGAAUAAGCAUCAGACAUGGAGAUACAUCAACAGUGAUAGAAAGACACAGACAUAUGUAUACACAGUCGAUUCUAUUCAGUACAGGAAGAGAUACAGGAUUAGUAUCGAGUACUACAAAGGAACUAUGUUAGUUGACAUUGGAACAGACAUUUCCAUCUUCAGGAUUGAAGAAACGGUCAGUAAUGAGCACAAUCAAAGUAAUUUGCAUAGAACAUUGUUCUAUAAGGUACAAUUGGAUGUUACACUACAAAACUAUUCAGUUCAUGAUGAAGAAUUGUUCAGAAACAUUAAAACCAGCUCAGACUACAAGGAUAUAUUGUACAGAACACAGUUUCAGGAGAACAUAAGGUAUUACAUUACAAAAUACACCUUCAGACAGUCAGGAUUCAUUGGAAUAGACUCAGGAUACUUUAUCAGACGUAUUAUGGACAUUACAGGCACUCAAAUGGAUGCACUAGUGUACAUAUACUUAGGAUACAUAGUAAGAAUCGUGUUAUUCAAGCUACAGGAUGACAAUUACAAUCUACAGGAUGUAAAACAGUUAUAA